AACAGAGAAGGCAAUCACUUCACUCUUCCCGACGGAACCACAGCUAAAGAGCGUUUAGAGCGGCUGUCGAGACAGGCCGGGGCUUUGCGGCACUGGUCUGUUGUCCGCUACUGUAGCUCUAUUUUGCAAAAACUGGUCGACUCUAUCUCGCCAUACAUUACAUCAAUACUAGUGAGCGGUAAACAGAUAACUGUUGGCACGUAUGGCCAUAAAGAGGUGGCCAUCGAUCACCCGCGCACUCCCAAAGAGAUUCACGAACUGUUGUAUGAUGUGAUCCGUGAGCCAUACGAUGCCGUACUUCAACAGGAGAUUAUCUUAUAUGUGGGUCGACUCAUAUCGACGACUCCUCACUUGUUUGACGGUAUCGUUAAGAUCAGAGUCGGUUCGUUCGUUGAGGCCAUGAAGUUCUAUCUCAGCUUUAAGAACGAGAAGCAGACAACGUUGGAGUCACUCGCGCCGAGUCAAGUGAGACGUGUCCUCUACAAAGUGCUCACCGAUACAGAUCUGGAGCCCCGCGAGAGGCGUCUCAUUGAGGGAGCGUUGGGUCGAACGCCCAAACACUUCUACGACAAGGUAUGGGUAGUACUCGGACGCACUCACGCGGGACUCACGGUCUGCGGACAGCACAUGGCCUCCGGGCCUACCAUUACAAUGAUGUCUCAAAAUGAACUCAACUUUAUUACUAAAGUGGAGAACUUCUUGUGCCAAAUCUCUUCACCAGAAUACAGAGCAAUGGUUGUCGAGCUUUUAAUCAUAAUUCAUGUCAUUUUGGAGCGAAAUCCGGAACUCGUAUUCAAAGACCUGACGCCAGUCGACUUGGAUCAGCUAAUCAAAGGUGCGGUCAAUCGGUAUAACACAGACAGAGAGGAAAUGGUGGGAAUCGCAGACUUUUACUGCGAGACCAAAGGCCAGACUUCGGCAUAUAUGGCGCGUACAGUCCUCGACAAUCUCCUCCACUUCUCGGCCCCCGAGUGUCGCAUCACUUGAUCCCAUGUCCUCAUAGUCUUAGCCCCCAUUUCAACCCCAGUCUUGUUUUGAUUGCUUUUAUAUAUGACUUUAUUAGAC